AUGUCUCCUUUUUGCAUCGUCUAUGGAAAAGCGUGUCAGUUACCGGUGGAAUUAGAGCACAAGGCUUAUUGGGCCAUCAAAAAGUUGAAUUAUGAUUUCAAGGCGGCGGGUGAGAAGCGCAUGUUACAACUCAAUGAGUUGGAUGAAAUCCGAUUCAAUGCUUAUGAGAAUAUUAAGCUUUAUAAGGAGAAGACAAAAAGGUGGCAUGAUGCUCACAUCUCACCCAAGACUUUUGAGGUAGGAGCCUUUGUGUUGCUCUACAAUUCAAGGUUAAGAUUGUUCCCCGGAAAAUUGAAAUCUCGGUGGAGUAGACCUUUCAAGAUCCGGCAUGUAGCGGACCAUGGAGCUCUAGAAUUGGAAAACCAAAAGGGGGAAACGUUUAAGGUCAACGGACACCGUUGCAAGCCCUACUUGGGACCUUUGACGGAUCAAAUAGGCGAACAAGUCUAUCUAGCCCCUCCUUCAUGA